UAAGUUUCUAAAAGUAUGGUAGGACAGUAAAAUGAUCUCCACACGCAGUCUCACUCUCACUCUCAACUGAACUCUCUCUCACUGUAGCGACCAUUUCCGUGAACAUUCCGGCGACUUCUACAAGCCACCACCGUCUCACUCUCACCCUCAACUUUCUGUCAUUAUGACUUUGCUCAGCAAGAAGAAGGCCAAUGAAAAUGAUCGAAUCAGUGACUUACCCUGUAAUGUUAUUGAUGGCAUCCUAGUAAACUUGAAAAUCCAAGACCAAGUUAGAACUAGUAUUUUGUCAAGAAAGUGGAGGUAUUUGUGGACUUCAGCCCCGCAUCUUUGUUUUGACCAAGACUUUUUUGAAAGAUUUAUGCAUCUUGAUGACCCUUAUCCUCUAGUUUGUAAAAUCAUCAUGCGUGUUCUUAUGCUCCACAAUGGGCCUAUACACAAGUUUUCUAUUUCUCCAUGGAGAGACUACAAUUUCAACAUCUCCAUAGAAGAUUUCAUUAUGUGGAUCCCCUUUAUGUCAAACAACAUUAAACAUCUUGAGCUUUUGACCUACUCUGCUCGUGAAGAUGAAAAUCAAAUACCUGAUAUUCUCUUCUCUUGUAAGGAAUUGACUUAUUUCAAGUCGAGCUCAUUUAACUUGUCAAUUCCACAUAAUUUCCCCGGCUUUAAAAAAUUGCGUGAACUUUACUUAGAUGAUAUUGAAUUCGAGUGCAGUGCACUUGAGAGUUUUAUGUCUGGUUGUCCAUUUCUUGAAAAGCUCACCAUUCAUCAAUGUACUGGUUGUUAUUAUCUUGUAAUAUCUUCUCCUUCUCUCAAAGUCUUAGUGCUGGAAUUGGUUGAUACCGAGUCAAUUUGUCUCCAGAAAUCAAAUAAUCUGAUUGAUUUUACACUCACGGCAUCUCUGAGCAGAGUUGUUAUCAAAAGUUUGCCAAAAAUUAAGAGGUUUUCUCUGGACGGAUGGGGACAGCAUGAAGACAUCAUUCCUGCCACGCUGUUAACAAGCUCAUUAAGCUCUUUAGAGUAUCUAAAAUUGGAUGGCUUAAAAUUUAAUGAAAGAGGAGAACUUUUGCAUAUUGUUAGUAUACUCAGAAGCGCUUCUAGCUUGGUUAAACUUAAUAUACAGAUUUUCUCCGAUGUUAAUACCACACAAAUGAUGGAACAUUCAAAGGAGUUAGAAUGUUGCGGCUGUUGCCCUAAACUUCAGACGGUGAUUAUCUCUGUUCGAGCUUAUCCUCGGCAGUAUACAUUGAGUUUGGUAAAGUUCAUACUUGCAAAUUCUCCUUCGUUAAAGAGUCUUACCUUUUAUUUUGGUAGUUAUGCUAAAGUAGAUGCACCCGAGUUCUUAAAAUGUUCACAAGUCUUGUUACAUAUGAAACGGGCAUCACCACGAGCACAAGUUAACUUACUUCACUCUACUAAUAGAUAAAAACUUCUUAAUAUCGGGGACGAUUGAAUUUUUCCAUCCAUUAUGCCUCGAAUCCAAUGACCAGUAAAUUUUAUAUGGAAACAAUGACGAUAGAAAAGUUGUAUAGUAAAGAAAUCAAUGGUUGGUAUGAGUAUGCCAAGAAGAAGAAGAUCAGAAGGCGUGACAUUGUUCGGUUUAGGAUCACUCGACCUGCGGAUCGUCUUUAUGUUAAACUGUUUAAGCAUUCUGUUUCGGUAAUGGCUGGUGAAGUAUUCUGUUUUGGACAUGGUUGGAAAGUUGGUUUUUUUUUUUGGAUUGUUUAAGUUUAAGAUGCAGCGUAAACUACUCUAAUUUGAAGUGUUUUAUUGUUUAUCUUAUAUUAACUUGAAUGGUAAUGAAACACUUCAAUGAGAAUGUAAUAUUUAUAAUGGUUUACAGGAUUCUGUUAUUGUAAAAGAUUAAAGAAUGUCAGAAAAUCCAUUUCCUUUGUGAAAAGUUUCUAAAAAUGUAAAAAGUUAAAUCCAGAAAGAUAAAAGAUGAUACGAAAUUGUGUUGUUUGUUCCAAUAAAAAAACAGAAUAAAUAAAUGUAUUAGUUGUAUAAUAGGUAAAAGUCUCAUAAAUAGUAAAAUAAUAGAGUCUAAACAAUUGAUAACAGAACCGACACGUUCAAAUGGGUAUAAAACAAAAAAGAAAUGAUUUAAAUGAAAUAAUUCUUAGGUGUAGUAAAAUAAUAGUUGGGAGGAGUGAAAUAAAAAAAAUUAAAAAUAGUAUUAAUGGAAAUAGUAAUAAUGAAAAAAAGACCGUAAAAAAUAAUUGACUUUAAAUAAUAUAUUUUAUGUUAUGAAAGUAAAUAUGGAUCCAUAAACACUACGGGCCAAAGGCCCAACGUACAUAUUGAGAGCAAAAAAGAUAAAAUAAUGGAUUGUGUUUUCUAUAAAGCUAGGAGAUAAAAUAAUGGCUUUGAUUAAUGUAGUAGGUAGUAUGACAAUGCAUAAGGAUGUUAUUUUUGAAACUAUCAUGUAGCAUUCAUCAUGCAAAAGCGUUUUGAAAUGUAGAAGCCUAGUUAUUUGUAGUGUAGCAGUUGUAUUAACUAUAAAAAGUUUAGUUUGAAUGUUUUUUUUUUACCAAAGCAAAACUAACUUUUUUUCAUUUAAUAAAAUAGAUUCAAUACAAUAAAAUUAACGUAAUUACUUCGGGAUCAGGAAUUGACCGCCUUUGUUAAACAAUGAGCAACUAUAUUCGCUUGACGUUUAACAAACUCUACCUCAAAGUUUGGGAAAUCAAGUAAUACAAGCUUAAUAGAUCGAAUGAUAAAAGUAAACUCGGACUCUCCGAUAACAUUGGAAUGGAUAGCUUGCACCACCUUCCGCGAGUCACUCUCGAAUACUACAUGCUUCUAGAAUAGAUAAAUUACCAACAUCCCAAGCAACUCUUGCCAGGA